AUGCUGGAUUUGAACUUUAUCAACCCGACUGCUCUUCCCAAGCAAUACAUCGAUCUCCUCCCAUCUCAGGCAGAGUGGGACGCACAGAGGAACGUACACGUUUUAAACGGACGACCUUUACUCAUCAGACCAGAUCAACGCAUUGAUCACCCAAGUGGUGACUACGAAGCAGGCCUACCCCAUAACGUUGGAGGGCUUGUACUAUCACACAUCGCAGACAGCGGCAUACCUAUCUCCUAUCCAGGAGAAAGACCAGACGCCCCUUGGAACCUCCCUGUCCAGGAUCUCGUACCCCAACCGAUUCUUGCACCAAUCAUAUCCGAUUAUGUACCACCGAUGGCUACAGUUACCAUGGAUGAAGGACGUCACCAUGUCAGCCAAAAGGAACUUGGUUUUAGAAAACCCGAGAUCUUCAACGGUUCAGACCAUUCGAAGCUUAGGGAAUUCAUAAACCAAUGCAAGAAUUACAUGGCCGAAAAUAGCCAUGUCUACCAGGAGGACAAUCAGAAGAUCACAUUCGUGCUAUUGCACAUGCAAGGAGGAACAGCAGGAUCAUGGGCACAGAGCUUCAUAGAAACGGAACUCACCAAUGACGACUUCCUUUCUUAUGGGAGUUGGAGAGACUUCAUUGCGAGUGUGAACAAAGCAUUUGGCGAUGAAAAUAUUGAAGAAACCGCUCGUACCUUGCUGCGUAACAUCAAGCAAGGAACUCAAAAUGCCGGAAAUAUUGAGUAUUUCAAGUGGGGACUUAACGACCCACUCCGACAAAGGAUAUAUGGGAUGGAAAGCAUGCCCAAGACACUUGACAAGUGGUAUGAAUACGCCUCGCGGUUUGAUAACCAAUGGAGAUCUGCUCAGAUCUUCAAGCGAGGAGCCACUACGAUGACGCGAGGAAAGGGCCGAUCGGUCCAUCGCCCCUACUACUCGGCUUCUGCAAAGGAUCCAAACACGAUGGAUGUUGAUCAUGUCAAUAUCUCACACUUAUCCCCGGAUGAGCGACAGAAGAGAAUGAAAGAAGGAUUAUGUUUCCUAUGCGGAAAGAAGGGCCAUAUAGCCAACGACAGACAAUUUCACCCCCAGUCUGGAAGUUUCACCCGUGCUAGAACGAUACAGCCCGGGUUGGACACAGACACGAUCACAUGGAUCAAGAAGAUGCGAGAAGACCUCGCACAGAAGAAGGAGACAUCGAAGGAAGAAACCAGAGAGGAACAGAUCGCCUAUGUGCGAAACGUCUUCAACAACAUGACUGAUGAAGAACGAACCCAAUUGGCUGAAACGUUCAUGAACAUUCGUUUUGCGGAAGAAAACGAUUUCAUCAGAUGGGAAUUACCGAAACCGAUUAAAGUCAUGAAUGCAGAUGGCACACCGAAUCAAAUGGGUACCAUUACUCAUUGUACCUGGAAGGUGAUGAAAAUCGGAGGAAGGAAGACACUUACUCGCUUCCUCUUGACCGGCAUUGGCAAAGAAAACAUACUUCUCGGCAUGCCGUGGCUUAAACACCUCAAUCCGAUGAUCAACUGGGAAAUCAGUGACUUUUGGUUUGGUAAAGAUGCCAAAUGGCCACCGAAACCCACCGUCGAAGAUGCACCAGAUGAAGAAGUUUCAAUUUUCAAGGAAGAUGGACUCCCAGAGUUAAUCACCACCGAAACUUCCCCUACCUCGUUUGGGCAUUCGGAAUCUAUCAGAGAAAUCAUGGCCGAUAACACUGAGCAUGAAUUGGCACAACAGGCACACAAGGAAGCAUCAGCUGUAGACAAACCCAAAACCGUCGAGGAGUUGGUCCCCAACUACCUCCACGAUUUGAAGUCCGUCUUUGAAAAGAAAGCAGCUGAACGCUUUCCAGAAACCAGGCCUUGGGACCACGCCAUUGACUUGAAACCCGAUUUUAUUCCACGCGACUGUAAAGUCUAUCCAUUAUUGCUCAAAGAACAAGGAGCGAUGGAUGACUUCCUGGAAGAAAAUCUGCGAAAAGGAUACAUUCGACCAUCGAAAUCUCCCAUGGCUUCACCAUUUUUCUUCGUAGGAAAGAAAGACGGAGCACUACGUCCCUGUCAGGAUUACCGAUACCUGAAUGAAGGGACGAUGAAGAACGCCUAUCCUCUCCCGCUCAUUUCUGACCUUAUGGAUCAAUUCAAAGGCACAUCGAUCUUUACGAAAAUGGAUUUACGCUCCCGAUAUAACAAUGUCAGAAUCAAAGAUGGUGACCAAUGGAAGGGUGCAUUUAAGACAAAUCGCGGACUUUUCGAACCUAUGGUCAUGUUCUUUGGACUCUGCAACUCCCCGGCGACUUUCCAAAUGAUGAUGAACGCACUCUUCAAGGACAUGAUUGACGAGGGAUGGAUAGUCAUUUACAUGGAUGAUAUCCUCAUCUUCUCAAAUGAUUUGGAAGAACAUCACGUUCGAACCCGACGCGUACUCCAACGACUCAAAGACAAUGACUUAUUCCUUAAACCGGAAAAGUGUUUCUUUGACGUUAAAGAAGUCGAAUUCCUAGGCAUGAUCAUUCGAGAAAACUACAUUGGCAUGGACCCUAUCAAACUUAAAGGAAUUGCAGAAUGGCCUGAACCAAGCACGGUAAAAGGUGUUCGCUCUUUCCUAGGGUUUGGAAACUUCUAUCGGAAGUUUAUUGCCAACUUCUCGGAUAUUGCCAAACCAUUGACGAAUCUUACGUGCACUGCCGCUGGAUCUCCACCUUUUGAAUGGACAACAGAAUGUCAGACAGCUUUCGACACAUUGAAGCAACAAUUCAGUACCGCCCCAGUACUGUUACUGCCUGACAAGGCAAAACCCUUUAUUGUUAAAUCCGACGCUUCCAAGUUUGCUACGGGUGCAGUUUUACGCCAAGCCGAUGUCAAUGGAGACCUCCAUCCUUGUGCCUACAUUUCACAGACACUCAAUCCAGCUGAACGGAACUACGAAAUCUACGACCGCGAACUCCUCAGAAUCAUUCGAGCCCUCACUGAAUGGCGCCAUUAUCUUGAAGGCUCUCCCCAUCCCGUCGAAGUUCGCAGUGAUCACAAGAACCUCACGUACUUCCGUACAGCUCAGAAGUUAAACUGCCGACAAGCACGAUGGAGUCUCAAAUUAUCACAAUUUGAUCUUCACCUUAUCCAUGUCCCUGGCACUCAGAUGAUCCAAUCUGAUGUGCUAUCUCGUCAUAAUGGACUCGAUGACAGUGAAAGUGACAACGAAGAUCGCAUUCUUUUACCCAACGCACUAUUCGUGUGA